AUGCUCUCGCCGCAGCAAGUCAAUUCUGUCAAUUACGGCCAGAACAGCGCGGGCGGCGUGCAGAUUCAGUUCCAACUGAAGGGCUACGCCAACCCACAGCUCGCCCUCCCCGCCGGCAACACGUGCGUCUGUCCACAGGGCCAAACGUGCAGCUACCUGUCUCGCCGCGACUCGGCCGAGUGCUUCUUCUCAUUCACAUUUAUCAUCUCAGCACCAGACCAAUCCGUCCGCUACUUCACAACACCUUUCAUCGCGCUCGACCAGAACGGCCAACUGGUGCGCGGUGCCGAGCGCUGGGAUGAAGACUACGUCGUGCAACUCCCUAGCAAGCCGUCUGCCAUCGACGUGUUCGUGCACCAUCUCGGUCCCGUCAUCCGCUCCUCCGACGGGUCGUUGGUGAACACAAUGACGCUCACCCAUGUUGACACAUUUGUGGUACCUCUCGAUAACGAUUUGCCAUCUACCGGGCGGGCAGUUGGACAGUUGAUGUCGAAGACGUUCAGCGGAAGCAUUAUGCAGACGCAGUUGUCCUUGGCCGUGUCGAUUGCCUGUCUCGGUGACAUGAUCGGGGCCCAGUGCGAUUUGACCUGCUCCCAGUCGCCGGUGGCCACCCAAAAGAUGGCCUGCCGUCAGAAUCAAACCGGAUUCUACUUUGUCUGCGAUCGGGCCUCCCUCAAUGGACAGGUUGAGCACUGUGAAGCCUGCCCGUGGGGAAUCCGCGAAAACUCGUACUGCCAAGAUGAGGCGGGCAGAGUGAUGAACCCGGCCAACGCCGGAAUCGUCGAUGGCUCCUGGAAAGUGGCGGCGAUCGUGUUGGCCGCUGCCACGCUCGUAUUCUUCAUCCUUUUCUUCAUUUCCGCAAUUCUCGCCUGCAAGGGAUGCCGUAACUCCGGCGACGACGACAAGGUGCCCGGUUUCAACCUUCACCAAAGCGCGCAGCGGCAUGAAGGACAGGCAAACCGGCCCCUGUUGGAGCAACAAGUGAGCGUCACCUCCAGCCCGUUGAGCGGCCCGGUUGCGGCUCCUCGAAGCCAGCCCAACCUCAGCGCCAUCCCACCAAAAUCAGCGCUCCGCCAAACGAAGACACCGCUCGUGCCGCCCGCCCAUCUCGGCGGCUCAAACUCGGUGAACGACACGCUCAAUUCGUCGUUCGCCAGCGAUCUACCGAUGCGACCCUCGCGAUCUGAGGUCGUG